AUGGAUAAUGAUAAAGAAAGAGAUAAUAAACCAAUUGAUAUAGAAAAAACGUCCACAAAUAAUAAUAAUAAUAACAAUAUCAAUAAUAACAAUAAUAAUAAUAAUAAUAAUAAUAAUACAAAUAACAAUGCACCUGCCAAAUCCUCUGGUGGAUGGGGGUUUUGGGGAUUUAAUAAUAUUAUAGAAUCAGUUCAAAAGAUUAAUAUUAUGGAGACUGUAACACAACAAGUUCAACAAAUUCAACAAAUGAAUAUUAUGGAGACUGUACAACAAAUGAAUUCAGAUUUAGUCGACACAAUAAAGACUAAAUCCGAUCAAAUGGUUAAUCUAUAUAAAGAAGAUUUAAAGGAAUUUUCAAGUUCAUUAAUGACUGAUACUUCUCAAAUAAUUCAAUCUCAAUAUGAUAAUGUAAAACAAUAUAUACCCGAAACCAUAUCAAAUGCAGUAGAGGAUUUUAGUAGCAAUAACAAUAAUAAUAACAAUAACAAUAGCAAUAAUAACAAUAAUGAUAAUAAUAGUAAUUUAUCUUCAACACCACUUAAAUCACCAGCAAAUAUAUUAUUAAAGAGUAUUUCAUUCUUUACAUCUGAUCCAAGUGAUAUUCAAGAGUUUGAACAAUGGUCAGUAGAGUUUGGUGAUGUAGAUAAUCAUAAUUUAGAGAUAAAUACAAUACUAUCAGGUGAUGAUGGUGUAAAAACUUUAUACUUAAACUAUGUACCAUCAAAGAUUUCUCAUCAACAAUUUUGGCUUAAAUAUUUUUAUAAACAAUAUAAAACUCAAAAAGAGGAAGAAAAGAGACAAUUAAUCUUUCAACAAGUCUCACAAUCAAAAGAAGAAGAAGAAGUUGGUUGGGAUGAUUUCGAUGAUAGUGAAAAUUUAGAUAACAAUAGCAAUAUAAAUAAUAGCGAUAUUAACAACGAUGUAAAUGAACCAAUUAAUGUACAACAACAACAACAACAACAACAACAACAACAACAACAAAAUAAUGAAGAAAUAGUGGAUGGUGAUGAAAUAUCAAAUUCUGCAACUAUUGCAACAUCAAUAACUACAACAACAACAACAACAACAGCCUCAUCCUUUACAAAUACAGAAAAUAAAUCAGAAGAAUUCAUUGAUAGUGAUGAUGAAUUGGAUAGAGAAAUUGAAAGAAAGUAUCAAGAAGAACAAAGAUUAUUAGAAAUAGAGAAACAAGAAAAAUUAAGAAAGUCAUUAAGCGCAAAUUUUAAUGAUGUUAAAAAAGAAGAAGAAGAAGAAGAAGAAGAAAAAGAAGAAGAAGAAAAAGAAAAUUUACAAGUUAAUGAACAAUUUGAAGAGAAACAAAUAGAACAACCAAUUGAACAAUCAAUUGAAAAACAAAAUGAAGAACAAAUAAUAGAACAAAUAAUAGAACAAACAAUAGAACAAAAAGAAUUAGUUUUUGAUAAUGAAAAUAAUAAUAGUAACAUUCAAGCCAAUGAAGAUGAUGAAGAGUUAGGUUGGGAUUAA